AUGGCCGUCGGUCUCUCGUACCAGCCCCAGGUUCCCAUCACUGCUCGCCCCCAGUACGAGAGUCACCACUUUGAUGACCUCGUGCUGGCCCUCAAGGACGUCCUCGGUCCCUCGUCGGGCCUUGACUCCAAGGAUGUCGACCUCAACUCCAUCAUGAGCCUCAUGGAGAAGUACGACGCAGCAGAAGAAGGGUGGGUGCCGUUCGCAAUGGCGGACCCUGAGAUUCCCUAUACUAGAAACCUUGUCGACGAAGGAAAUGGGAAGAGCAACCUGCUGGUCCUCGUAUGGACACCCGGCAAGGGCAGCCCCAUACACGACCAUGGCAACGCCCACUGCGUCAUGAAGAUUCUCCGCGGCAGCCUGACGGAAACGAGAUAUGAAUUCCCCGACUCGGACCGGGCACAGCCGAUGCGCAUGCUGUCUGAACGAACAUCGAAAGAGAAUGAUGUGGCAUACAUGGCCGACGAGCUGGGCUUGCACAAGGUAGAGAAUAGGGGUGAAGACUAUGCCAUCUCCCUACACUUGUACACCCCGCCCAACGUUGCCAGAUCAGGUUGCAACACUUUCAACCCGAUCACAGGCAAGAAGAGCCAUGUGCCCAAGUGUGGAUAUUACUCCAAGUACAAGCAGCGCGUGGAGAAGGUGUAG